AUGCAGCAUGUAUCCCAACAUCUGGCAGGUGGAAUGAAUAUAGAUUUCUGGACAGGGGUCGUUCCGCAGAUCUGCCGCAGUGAGCCCGCUGUGUGGAAUGCAGUCAUUGCAAUUAGCGCAUUAUACGAAAAUCCGAAGCAGUGCAUGGACUUUCAUUUUCUGAGGGAUCGCCGAAACAAGGCACAUUUGCUUAAUCAUGCUCAGCAGGAUGCAUUGACAUGGUACUCGCGAUCAAUCUCUACUGUUUCGUCGCAGAUCCAACGAGACAGCGCAGAUCCGUACAUUGCACUCAUCAGUUGCGCGCUAUUUAUCUGCGUGGAAACAAUCCAAGGACAUAUGGAGCAGGCCUUAGAGCUCUAUCGACAGGGUAUCACGUUGAUACUUGAACUCCGUGCCCAGAUCGGUCACGGAGUAGUAUCUAUCAGUAAAGGUGUUCUGUUGGAACGCAGCAUUGUUCCCUUAUUCCUACGACUCGGCGCAAGUUCCCUGACCAUUUCAGGGACUCAGUUUCCUAUUGAACUUUUUGCCUUUAUAGAAACAGAUAUGAGCGCUGAUUUCGCAUCUGUCUAUUCUGCAAGAUCAAUUAUGUCCGUCCUAGCUACGGAAGUUAUCCUCUUUGAGCGCGAGGCGAACUUACACCUCAGGGAAGUUGGUGCCGAAGCCGCUGUAAGCCCAGCAAUGAUCGCGAAAAAAGAAGCGCUCCGAGUCCGCCUCGUUGAAUGGCAUCGAGCAUACACCAAUCUUUGCCAAAGAAACAGAUCUGUACUCACUCUCCCCGUAUACCCAGAGCCUAUCCUACUCACAUAUCAUGCUACUGCUUUGAUUUGUGUGACAGGAUGCUUAAAGCAACAAGAAACCGUUUUCGAUGCCCAUUUUGCAGACUUUGCUACUAUCGUCGCGCAGUCUAGGUUGAUUCUCGAUACCUCAGCAGGCCCAAAUGGUGUCCAACCACCAUUCACCUUUGAGAUGAGUGUGGGUGUCCCUCUGGCCAUGACUGUGUUGAGGUGUCGUGACCCAACCUUGCGGCGAAGGGCUUUGGACCUAUUACGACUAUCGCCUCCGAUACAAGGAUUUUUCAAAUGCGCCCCCGUGGCUCUUUUGUCAGAAAUGUUGAUGAAGCUGGAAGAGGGCUAUGGCCUUGCCGUGAGGGAGAACACAUCGGCACCUUCUCAAAAGGUUGAAGCAACCACGUCACAAGCAGCACUCAUCCCUGAAGAGGCUCGUAUCCAUGAAUAUGGUAUCUUCAGACCAAAUGAAUGGCAACCUCUGUGGGUCACCGAGGAAGAUCUCACAGCGUUUUCACUUAGCCCGAACCAACUAUAUUUGGGAUUUUCAAGAAAUCAAUACGACAAGGAAAGCAAUACUUGGCGGCAGAUUUAUCAGUGCAUACCGUUGGAGGCCAAUUUUUGA